UGUUGCAGGAAGUUGCUCAUGACGACAGGAGAAUAAUGGCGCCUCUUGAUUUGGAUAAAUAUGCUGAGAUCGCAAAGCAGUGUAAAUACCUCCCAGAAAAUGACCUCAAGAGGUUAUGUGACUACGUAUGUGACCUCCUGCUGGAGGAGUCCAACGUGCAGCCCGUUUCUACUCCUGUAACAGUAUGUGGCGACAUUCAUGGACAGUUCUACGAUCUUUGUGAACUCUUCCGAACCGGCGGCCAGGUUCCCGACACAAAUUACAUAUUUAUGGGAGAUUUUGUUGAUCGAGGAUAUUACAGUUUGGAGACGUUCACCUAUCUGCUGGUGCUGAAAGCCAAAUGGCCUGACCGCAUUACGCUUCUUCGUGGAAACCAUGAGAGCAGACAGAUCACACAGGUCUAUGGCUUUUAUGAUGAGUGCCAGACCAAGUAUGGGAAUGCAAAUGCCUGGCGUUAUUGCACCAAAGUGUUUGACAUGUUAACAGUUGCAGCUCUGAUGGAUGAGCAGAUCCUGUGUGUCCACGGAGGCCUCUCCCCAGACAUUAAGACGCUCGACCAAAUCCGAACCAUUGAACGGAACCAGGAGAUCCCCCACAAAGGAGCAUUUUGUGAUCUGGUGUGGUCAGACCCCGAAGAUGUGGACACCUGGGCCAUCAGUCCCAGAGGAGCCGGCUGGCUGUUCGGUGCAAAGGUCACAAAUGAGUUUGUUCACAUCAACAACCUGAAGCUGAUCUGCAGAGCGCAUCAACUCGUGCACGAAGGCUACAAGUUCAUGUUUGACGAGAAGCUGGUCACGGUGUGGUCGGCUCCCAACUACUGCUAUCGCUGCGGCAACAUCGCCUCCAUCAUGGUCUUCAAAGAUGCAAACACAAGAGAGCCAAAGCUGUUCCGAGCAGUGCCUGACUCGGAGAGGGUCAUCCCACCCCGAACGACGACACCUUAUUUCCUGUAAAACAACAAGGCAGCAUUUUUGUUCAUUGCACAGACGCCGCUUGCGACAGCAGCAUUAGCACUUGUGAACUCAUAUAAAUUUUGUAUAGGACAUUUAGAUUGUUUACAGUGUGUUUAUUAGUGCCAACUGUCAAUUGUUAUUCCCACACUGCAGGUAUUAAAGGCUGCAGUUCUGCAGCUUCAAUCACAGAUUUAUUUGCAGCGCAGGAAGUUUGCUCAGCAGUAUUGUUGCUGUUACUGAAUGUUUGAGAGGAAGGAUUGAAAUGACAUUGAAGUCAGCAGACCCUUAAAAAGUGGUUUGUUAUAAUGAAUCAGAAUUCUACCUUACAAUUAAGAAUCACUGCAGAGAAAAAUGAAACCUGCAGUGCUGUAUAAAAUGUUUCAUUUUAUUUUGUUAUAUUGAUGUAUUACAUUUAGGUGUAUAAUAACAAAGCACUGUGCAAAAACAAGAAUCCCACCUGUUCGUACACACUUCAAUCGACUUACUGUUAUUAUGGUAUUCCACAUGAUGAAAACCUGAGAGUUGAUGUACAGACACUUACCUUUUUUUCAGUAUUGUUAACCCUGUGGUACCUAAAAAAGACUUUCUGUUGUUGCCAGAUUUGAACCUUUUCUUGUAAUUAUUCUGUGUGUGUGUGUGUGUGUGUGUGUGUGUGUCCAUACAGUUUUUAAAUAAAGAAAUACCAAAAGUCUAAA